GGUCGAAACAAACGGUCGGGGAAAGAGAUGAUGACGGGAAACCCUUGGAGGAAGUGAUCCAGAAGAAAUCAGAGGUGAGACGGCCCAAUGUUUCAGAACUCGUCACAUUCACCCUCGGUCUCGUCCCUUUUGAUCCGCUACCUGAAGAAGCCCCAGGCCUUCCCCUUUCUUCUCUCAGUCUUCCUCCUCCUCACAUGGCUCUCUCUCAGACUCCAGCACUCCUCCCAUUUCUCGGCUGCUUCUUUCGACAACAAGUUGAGCAAAGAGGAUGACUCAAAGGCCAAUUUGGUCAGAUUCAGUUCUGGGUUUCCUUCCACGCUCGCAAAAGACAACCGGGGUUGGUCGCUCAACCCCAUCUCUCUUGCCCUUCAUUCCGGCAUUUCGGGUGGGGCGGUGACUUGUACUUCGGUUCAUCUUGGAGAAAUUCGACCUGGUGCUGUAAGGGGAAAUCACAGGCACUAUACUUGUAACGAGACAUUUGUCAUUUGGGGAGCGAAAACGAAAUUCAGGUUGGAGAACAGUCAAAUAGUUGGUAAAGGUUUUGCUGAAGCCAUGAUUAGUGCAGAUGAGGUUGUUGUUGCAGCUAGUCCAAGUGGAACUGCCCAUGCUUUAGUAAACAUGGAUCCAAUUCGGAGCGCAUUCUUUGUAGGAUGUCAAGACAGCAUUGUAAAUUAUAGCAGCUCAUCUACUGAUUUUAAUGUUUGGAAAGACCUUUAAGCAUCAAUAGGCAUUACAAUAUUAAGAUUAUUGUUUCUCAGUGAGCUUUCAGCAAUCUGUAUAUAAGUUACUACAAUUGCUGCACUUUCCUUUGACUUUAUCAGUGAGCUUUCUUGCAUUGCUGGUCAUGGUA